AUGCCGCCGCAAUUCGUAAUUCGAGCUGUGCGACCAACUAAAGCAGAUGGACAAAUUUGGUUGACCAAUUCCACAAAUUUUCAAUUUAUCAUGUCUGAUCGAAGGAGAAUAAAUGGUCCUUCUGGUGGAACGAAUGCACCAGUAUUUUCAAAGUAUCUCACCAAAGAUUCAAAGAAUCGUCCAGAGAGACCUUCAAGAAGUAGACAACCCAAUGUUUUAAGGAAAAUUUUUUUGAAAACCGGCGUAACACCAUCAGCCUCAGGAUCUGCAUAUCUCGAGCUUGAACCAUCGCAACCCUCGAACGAAUCCGCACCAGGCCUUACUUCUCUCUCUACCUCUGGUCUUAAGCUUACAUGUACCGUUCAUGGCCCUCGACCAUUGCCUAAAGCCGCUCCAUUCUCACCACAUAUGAUCUUGCAGACUCAUGUCAAAUACGCGCCAUUCGCAGCAAGACGGAGACGGGGAUAUGUUAGAGAUACAAGUGAGAGGGAUCUUGGAGUACAUUUGGAAACUGCAUUGAGAGGAGUAAUCAUUGGUGAUAGAUGGCCUAAGAGUGGAGUGGAAGUUAAUAUUACGAUUCUUGAAGGCGAGGAGGAUCAUUGGUGGGGUGAUGAUAAAUCUUUUGGUUCGUUGACUGCGGGUGGAUGGGGUAUGAUGAGUGUACUCAGUGGCUGCAUUACAGUUGCUUCUGCAGCUAUUGCGGAUGCUGGAAUUGAUUGCGUCGAUGUAGUUUCUGGUGGAGUCGCUGCAUUAGUACGUUCGCCGGCGAAUUCAGAGCAGGAGGGUUCUACUUCCUUGGUCUUGGACCCAGUACCAUCUGAACAUAAGGAGAUUCUUGCCGCAUGUAUUGUGGCAUAUCUUCCAGCUCGAGAUGAGAUCACAGAUCUUUGGGUGAAAGGAGAUAUUGGGCAUUCGACUGAGUCUAGCACCGAUGAUCCAUCUUAUGAGGAACUUACAGAAAAUGCGGUACAAGCAGCUUUGGGAGCACAUCGAGUUCUUAUUGGAGCAUUGAAAGAAACUGCAGAUAUCAAAUUCAGACGAUGA